UAUUGUUUACUCAUGUAUUUAUAAAUUUGAUCAAUUUCCCUAAUUAAAAUGGAUAUGGAAAAGUUAUGUCGAUUUUGCUCAACUGAAAAUAGUGAAUUAAAGUCCAUAUUUACUGAACUUUCGGAUCACGAUCUUGCAGUCAUCACUGACGUAUUAAAAUUUUUGGUUCAAAAGAACGAUGGACUGCCUUCAAAUAUCUGUGAACCGUGUUCUAGUAGUUUGUUGGGCCUGAAGAAAACAAUACAAAAAUUUAGAGAGAAUGAAAAAAAAUUACGAAAGAGAUUUCUCGGACAAACAGUCGAUGAUUUCGAAGAAGACAAUCUUGGGUCGUUGAUGGAAGUUGAACGAAUCGAAGUCAAUGCCGAUUUAAUGUUAAAAGGUGAACCCGAAGAAACAGAUGAGUUGUUCUCAAUCAGCGAUAACCUAGCACAGAGAGAUGUAUUGCAAAUACCAGUAACUGUCUUGAUUAAACAAGAAUCCAGUGACCAAAUUGAUGAGGAUAGACUAAACGCUGAUGAUGAAGAUGAAGACGAUGAAAUUGAUUCUGAAGAUAGUAAAGAUACUUCUGUAUGUAAUGAAAGUCCCACUACUAGCAGACAGGCUGUCGAUUCCAGGCCGUCAUCACCUUCUACUCCUCCCCCACGUAUACCACGACGUCAGCGACGUCGUGAUCCUAACCGACCUAAGUUAAAUGACCACAAGUGCUACAUAUGCAAAAGCGACUCAAUGGAAUCAGCUAAAGUACUACUGGAACAUUUGUCGAUUCAUGUUAGCCUGACACCAUAUACGUGCUCAGAAUGUGUUAUGGAAACCAUUGUACUGAAAAACGUCCGGUCUUUGAAUUUGCAUAAGAAAAUGCAUGCCCAACCGGUGAAGUGCGAGUACUGUGAUAGACGCUACAGUGAUCCCAGGACACGAGAUGCGCACGUGAAACUACAGCAUCUGGGUGAAAACGCCCCUCUGCCUUCCACUUGUGAGAAAUGUGGAAAAAUUUGCAAGUCGAUUGCUGCUCUGAAAAAUCACUUACGAAAUCACAUGCUGGAUGUCAGGUGCGGUUAUUGUGGCAAAUUGUUCCACAAACGGAGCGUAUUAUUCAAACACGUGGCACAGGUACAUGAAAAAUCAGAGAAAUAUGAGUGUACUCAAUGUCACAAAGUGCUUCAUUCGUUGGAUAGUUACAAUAUUCAUCUAACACUUCAUAGUGCGGGAAAAUUAUUUAAUUGUGAUUUGUGUCCAAUGACCUUCAGUACGCUAGGAAACCUGCGUUGUCACAAAAAAGUACAUGCGAAAAAUGCUAACUACAAACCUCAUAAAGAUUGGACAAGUCAUUAUACUGUUUCCCAGGAUCCUGAACGAGGCAAAAUAUAUACUUGCAAUCUGUGCGGGAACACAUACUCCGGUUCCAUAAACACAAUUAUCAGUCAUGUUAAGUGUCAUUUCAAGGAUGUUCAGUGUGAACAAUGUGGAGCAAAGUUUUCCAAUAAAAAUAAAUUGAAAAGCCAUUACGUGGUCCACACCAGAGAGCGCAACUAUAAGUGUCAAUACUGUGGGAAGGACUACUUGUACAGACAGCACAUGAACUAUCACAUUAAGCAGAGUCAUAAGUUAGCAAUUGCAUCGUCUCAAUCGAGUAGUUCCAGCCAACAAGACAGAACAGAUACAAUGCAACAGAAGACUAGGAUCAAUUGAGGCGCUUCGAUACAAUGUUCCAUGAUUUCAUAUAUACGAUUCUGCGAAUUCUUCAAACUUAAGUUGGUUUAAAACGGAAUACUUACGAAUUGCAUUCGCAUGUGGUGCAUUUGAUUCAUUUGAUGAAACUUAUUCAAUUAGAUAAAUCAACGCAUGAUGCAUUUUUAAACAAACAUGAUGUUAGCUAAUAAAUGUAUGGUACGUAUCAUAUAGAUACAUUAUUACAA